AUGAUCCAAAACGUGGACCAUGUAGAAAACUGUGGGAACUUCUCCAGCGAUAUCAUAUUACUCAUCCAAACAACUGUUUAUACACCAGUUUUCUUUACUGGACUCAUCCUAAAUGUCUUGGCCUUAAGGGUAUUCUGCUGCAAACUGAGCAAAUGGACUGAAACCAGAGUUUAUAUGACCAAUUUAGCCAUUGCAGACUGCUUAUUCAUCUUUACUUUGCCUUUCACAUUAUUUUAUACAACAAAAACAGUGGAUACCCCAUGUUUAGUUUUGGAAUCUGCAUACUUUAUUAACCGCUACAUGAGCAUCUUCCUUAUCACCAUUACAUCAAUUGACCGAUACAUUGCUAUACAAUAUCCCCUCAAAUCAAAGAGUGUAAGAUCCCCUCUAAAGUCAGCUGUUGUCUGCGGACUUCUCUGGGCCUUAAUAAUAAGCAUUCUAUAUGUAACUAAAAAGUUGGAACAACGAGGGAGAAAAGAGGUUUGCUUUAGAAAAAAUUCCAGAGCACCAUCAGUGCACCUUUUUGCAUCUGUCAUUUGGGGUUUUUUAAUACCCUUAACCAUCUUGAGUUUCUGUUCUAUUCGAAUUGUAAAAAAACUCAUGAGGAAGAAAAGCACCAACCCACAUGAAGAAAAGCUCAUCCAGAAAGCAAUCAACAUAAUUCUUGCAAAUAUGAUUGUGUUCAUCAUGUGCUUUUUACCCCUUCAUGUUGCACAUUUAAUUCGAUUCAUAGCUGAUGCCAGUGAAGUUAGCUGUGCUGAAAUGGAAAAAAUUGACAUCUUCGUGAACGUUGCGGGAAUUCUUGCCAACAUGAACUGCUGCUUGGAUGCCAUUUGCUAUUAUUUUGUAAACCAGGAAUUUCAGGAGGCAUCUAUGCAACUAACGGCCAAAUAUUUAACACCUCAAACUCAAGGCUCUGAAAAUCAAGACUCUGAAAUUAUUUAGUAAAGCAACAGAUGCCCAAAUAGUGGUAAGAAGUACAAACCCAUCUUCAACUGCUGCUUUUUCUCUCUCCCCAAAAGUGCUCCAACAAUUAUUUCCCUCCUACAUCGCUGCCUUCUUAGUCUCUCUAAAGUUGUGUGGCCUCCACCAAUACGAAACCAGUCUGGAGUAUAAUACAACUCCUAUGCACAGAACAUAGAUUGUGUCCCUGGAGCCCACCCAAUGAACACAUUACCCCUAGCUAGAAACUCUGCCCAUCAUUCUGACUAGGGUGCUUGCAAUGUGCUGAGGGUUGGAGUUAUCUUCACCUAGAGAUGCCAGCAGUCUAGUUCUGGCACCACCAGAACUAUAUUCCUAUCCAAAGACUUGGAGCCUGCACUGCCAUCUAGGCUCCUGGCCUAGCACUGUUAGCUCACCCUAAGGGUGAAUCUGGUUCCAUCAAGCCUUAUAAAAUUCGGGACUCAAGAGUGUGAUCUUCAUUCUGACUUGACUUACUGGAGAAAACUGUCUGGUACCUUUUCCCUACAUGGCUGCCUCAACAACUGGACCUGCCUUCCCUGGAUUACAAAGCGAACAGGCUUCUGACCCUUCCUAACUUCAGCUGCUGCUUUUGGAGUCUGCUCUCUGGUCUGUCUCUGACCUGCUUCUGGUGUUUGGU